AUGGCCGUGGCGGUUCGCGUUGCGAGAAAUGGAAGAGCCCUCUUGUCUUCUUCGUUGAUUAAUAAAUCAAAUAAUAAUAGGUCAGCCAUCUUGCUGGGCGCCCAUGCCUUUUCCUCUUCCUCCGCAUCGUCUUCUUCCAUUUCGAAGCCUCAUGAUAAUAAGGAGAAGAGGACAAGGGAGGAGCAGCGUCUAUCAGCAGUUCUUGACGCCGUCAAUGACCGCAAGCUCCCUCCUGAACUCCGUGGCCAACGCAACUCUGUUAGGUCAGAAACGGAUAUUAUCAAUGUUGUCGAGCAAAGAAUAUGGCACUCAAUGGAAGAAGGCCAAUUUGAGAAUUUACCAGGGAAAGGAAAACCCCUUAACCUCAAUACAAAUCCUCAUACUGAUCCAGCCGAAGAUACCCUGUAUAGAAUCCUUACAAAAAAUGGAUGUGCACCGGAGUGGGUUGAGCUUAACAAAGAGAUAAGGUGCCAGAUAUCUGAAUGGCGGUUAGCAUUGAAGAAAGCUUGGAUGAACAAAUGCAAUGGGGAUCACUCCAAAUGGAUUGAAGGGUCAGAAUUUUUGCAAGUUCAACUGCGUGAUAUCAACAAUAAGGUGAGCUUUUGGUUAGCUGUCUCUCUAUCUACUUUUAUGUGGCCUUUAGUUCAGUUGGGGCUGUUGAACCUUGAUGCGCGCUUGGUUUGCCUCCCGUUUGUGGAGGCUUAA